GAGGCGGGGCCUCGACCGCGGAGUCGCUGCCGACGGCGGUCUGAGGGAGUCGAAGGCGGGCUGGAGCCUAGCGGACCAGGCGGCGCUGGGCUCAGGGAUCCGUGCGCCGGAGUGGUCGCGCGGGCAUCGGCGCCGCCCGUCGGGCUCGGAUCUAGCCGGCCGCAUCGCUCUCGGCCGGGACGCGGGCGAGCCCGGCGCGCGGCGGGGGAGCGAGGUGGAGCCGGCGGGGCGGCCAAUGCGAAACUGGCUGGUCCUGCUGUGCCCGUGCGUGCUUGGGGCGGCGCUGCACCUCUGGCUGCGGCUGCGCUCCCCGCCGCCCGCCAGUGCCUCUGGAGCCGGCCCGGCAGAUCAGUCUGCCUUACGUCCUCAGUGGAAAUCUGGUCACUAUGAUGUGGUAGUUGGUGUGUUAUCAGCUCGCAAUAACCAUGAACUUCGAAAUGUGAUAAGAAACACCUGGCUGAAGCAUUUGACUGAACAUCCAACAUUAAGUCAACGUGUGCUUGUGAAGUUCAUAAUAGGUGCUCAUGGCUGUGAAGUGCCUGUGGAAGACAGGGAGAGCCCUUACUCCUGCAGGCUGCUCAACAUCACGAGUCCAGUUUUGAAUCAGGAAAUUGAGGCAUUCAGUCUUUCUGAAGAUGCUACAUCAGAACUCUCUGAGGACCGAAUUGUUAGUGUGAGCUUCCGAGUUCUCUACCCAAUUGUUAUCACCAGUCUGGGAGUAUUCUACGAUGCCAGUGAUGUGGGUUUCCAGAGGAACAUCACAGUGAAGCUUUAUCAGGCAGAACAGGAGGAGGCCCUCUUCAUUGCUCGCUUUAGUCCUCCGAGCUGUGGUGUUCAAGUGAACAAGCUGUGGUACAAGCCUGUGGAGCAGUUCAUCUUACCAGAGAGCUUUGAAGGUACAAUAGUGUGGGAGAGCCAAGACCCACAUGGCCUCGUGUCAAGAAAUCUUCACAAAGUCACGGUGAAUGAUGGAGGGGGAGUUCUCAGAGUCAUUUCGGCUGGGGAAGGCACGCUGCCUCAUGAAUUCACGGAAGGUGUGGAGGGAGUUGCAGGUGGUUUCAUUUACACUAUCCAGGAAGGCGAUGCUCUCUUACGUAACCUUCACUCUCGGCCUCAGCGACUUGUUGAUCACAUGAGGAAUCUCCGUGAGGAAGAUGCCUUAUUGAAGGAGGAAGGCAGGGUCCACGGUGACAUUGUCUUUGUGGAUGUUGUUGACACUUACCGAAAUGUUCCUGCAAAAUUACUAAACUUCUAUAGAUGGACCACGGAAACAACCAGCUUCAGUUUGUUGCUAAAGACAGAUGACGACUGUUACAUAGACUUAGAAGCUGUCUUUCGUAGAAUUGCCCAGAAGAAUCUGGAUGGGCCUAACUUUUGGUGGGGAAAUUUCAGACUAAAUUGGGCAGUGGACCGAACUGGCAAGUGGCAAGAGUUGGAGUACCCCAGUCCAGCCUAUCCUGCCUUUGCAUGCGGGUCAGGCUAUGUGAUUUCCAGUGACAUUGUCAGCUGGCUGGCAAGCAACUCGGGGAGAUUAAAGACUUAUCAGGGUGAAGAUGUAAGCAUGGGCAUUUGGAUGGCAGCCAUAGGACCCAGGAGACACCAGGACAGCCUGUGGCUGUGUGAGAAGACAUGUGAGACAGGAAUGCUGUCCUCCCCACAGUACUCACCGCAGGAGCUGACGGAGCUGUGGGAGCUGAAAGAGCUGUGCGGUGACCCCUGUCAGUGUGAGGCAAGAUCAUGACAACUCCGCCAACAGGAUGUAAAGACCGAGGCAGGCAGUAACAACUCCGUGUACGUCUGAGGCAAACCCACAGGUUGGCAGUGGAAUGCAUGAUCUUUCAGGAGAGUUCUCAGCUGGCACUUUCUCCUGUAGCCAGUGUGGUAUUUCUUAAUGUUUGCACAGAUUUCCUCCUUAAAAAUCAACUGACAGGCUGGGGAUUUAGCUCAGCAGUAUAAAUGUCUGCCUGGCAAGCGCAAGGUCAUGAGUUCGAACCCCAGUACCAAAAAAAAAAAAAAAAAAAAAAUUGACACUGUAGCAUAAGAGAAAUUUUUAUUUAUAUAUUGGAAGAUGACUUUUAAAAUACCAAAUUGUUUUAUAAAAGGAGAAAUAAUUUCUAAAUCCUGGUGCAUUUUUGCUAAUUUAUCAUAAUCAUUUUUGGUUAAAACUUGGCCUGGUUAGGAAAUUUUGAGUACUGACUUAAAGCUCGAGUUUGAGAAGUUGGAUUCUAAAGUAGCUCUGCAUAGCUAAGAUGGGACAUCUACAGGCCACAGAGAACUCAGAAAAACACUGUGUGCCCACUUGUAUGAGCAGCGGUCACUUAUACCAAAGGUUGGGGUUCCUGGAAAUAAUGUUAGGUUUUGUGAAUCUCUGAAUGAAGUGGGCAGCUUGACUUUGAGAAGGAUAUAAUAUAAUCCUUAGUUCUGGGCCAUGGUUUUAAAGGUACUCAUUUUUAUAUUAGGCUAAUAUCCAAGUUUUCUUGUGCUGUUUUAACAUCUGGAAGGUCACAGUUCAGUCUUUGUGUAUGUGAAUAAAUACUUCUCAGGGGUUUUGUGCCAUAGGGAAGGCCAUUUCUAAAUCACUGACACUUGGAAAGAAUUAGUUUUGCUUUCCUUCUAUCAAUCAUUGCCUAAUGUUUACUUAAUAUAAGUAAAUAUGAAUCAGAGCAGAUCAUCUUUUAUGAAAGAUGUGCUCAGUUUAGGUAUAACUGUAGGGAAAAAGCAUGUGAUUCUUUAUUCUUAAAAAAUAGUGCAACUGAAAAAAUAGCACAUAUGUUACACAUAGUAAAGGAUGUGUCUUCCUGAGUUGAAGGGACAUUUCACAAAAACCAAAUCAUUUUAUAGUAACCUUUUAAAAUAGUGUCAAUAGAGAAUUCCAUUUGAAACAGUCUUAUGACAUUAGUUAUAUUCAGAUUUUAUUAGAUUAGCUAGUUUCUAUUUAAUAUUUAAAUCUUCACAUGGUGAGAUGCAUUGAUGAGGUGUAAAAAUAAAUACAAAGAUCAGAAAAUCAUUAAUAAAGCCUUUAUUAUUGUUAUAUACAAGUCUAGAAAUGGUCUCUUCCCGACAAAUUGCAUCUUUUAUUGUAAUUAGGGCAAAUUUUAAGACCUCAUUUUUUGACAGAACUGUUCCAAUAAAUCAUUUUCUGGUAAACCCCAGUCAUAAUAAGUAAUCUAGUCUCUAAAUUUUAUUAGUUGGUUGUUACCAUCUCACUAAUAGACAAUCUCCAUUCUCCACAGAAUAAAACUGUAAUGGCUGUAGAUCAUUUUCUAGUUCAAUUUCUGUGCCAGGCAUCUAAAAUUAGAACAGAGGUAAAGGCAGGUGAUAAAGAUAGGUCUGACAAAGCAUGUCACACAUGCUGGCCCCCACAGCCAGGGUGGGUCACUCCAGUUGGAAUCGGGCAGCACUACACAGAUAAGAGUUCACUAGCAUGUCUUACUGUGAGAGACUAAGCUUGACUGUGUUUUGGGGGCCACUUACUUUGGGACUUUCAUAGGACAGUACAAUGUCUGACACAGGAACUUUGAGGACUCGCGACAUCAUUCCCUUCACCUUUUGAACUGUCAUGGAGUCUGUCAAAGAAAAGCAAAACCCAUCAGCUCACACAUGACAGCUACCUGUAAAACUGGCUCACACGAUGAGAUCAAUGCUCUGUCCUUUCUUACCAGUUUACCCAAGAAAACAAGUAGGGGGCUUGACUUUUUCUACCACUUCCUUGAGUCAUUUGGGCAACUGGGAAAUGGAACCAGUGUGUGACCCAAGUGCCCUUGAACAGUGAGUUUUCAUACCAUUUCAGUAGUGUUUAAUAUUUCAUCCUUAAUCUGAAUAAACCAGAAAUACUGUCAGCACAGAGGGACAAGUGGCAGUGAAGUCAUUAAGUUUUCUUUAUAUGCCUUUGUGACAACUUCAUGAAUUAUGGGAAGAACCUUGGAGGCUCAGAUGAGGAUGCUCCCAGCCCCCUGGCCUUAGCUUUCCCCUCCAUGCAAGGGAACUGCAGACUAAGUGGUUGUCAGGGUCACCCCAGCCACUGUCCUGUGACUGACUGUUACAGUGUGUUACCCAAAAGUGACCACCAGGCAUGGGAAUGUACGUUAAAUGAGCAAAUGCUUUGGUUUGUUCAGAACACACUAUGAACUUCUUUCCAAAGACAGGUUGUGGUAAAUAAUAGAUAUUUUGACUAUGAAAAUUAGUUUUUUUGAAGCUUUAGCUGGAGGUACAGCAACAGUGUGGCGUUUCCCACAAAUGCCAUGAUAUAGUCAAAUAUUUUUCUAUCAAAAAUCAUUUUGUAAAAGCUGUGUGUUUUUAUGCAACUUGUGAUAAUAAAUGUUAUUUUUAUUUUAGAGUAA